CUUCCGUAUUUCAAAUUUUUAACAAAAGCCGCACAUUCUUCACUCCCCCUGCAGUAAGAACUCAACUCAGCUUCAAGUUUCUGCAGUAAACAAGUACCAAUCGCUCUCAAUCUAUCGCGAGUAUGAUUCGAAUACUAUCAAUGUCACUUUUGUGGAUGGUGGUGUUGUUAUGGUGGUUGGUUGUGGCUACGAUGGCCGACGAUUUUCUGUAUAAAGACCGCAACCAGCCGGUUGCUGCGCGAGUAAAAGAUCUGUUGGGAAGAAUGACACUGGAGGAGAAAAUCGGUCAGAUGGUUCAAAUUGAGCAGCUUGCGUCUACUCCUGAUAUCAUGAGGCACUACUUCAUUGGAAGCUUGUUAAGUGGUGGAGGGAGUGUUCCGAAUCCACAUGCAACGGUUGUUGAUUGGGUUAAUAUGGUGAACAAGUUUCAAAAUGGGUCGCUUUCAACGCGAUUAGGGAUUCCAAUGAUUUAUGGGAUUGAUGCUGUUCAUGGGCAUAAUAAUGUUAUUAAUGCUACGAUUUUUCCGCAUAAUAUUGGCCUUGGAGCUACCAGGGACACUGAUCUUGUGAAGAGAAUAGGUGCUGCAACUGCUGCCGAAGUUAGAGCUACCGGAAUUCCAUAUGCAUUUGCUCCUUGUAUUGCUGUAUGCAGAGAUCCAAGAUGGGGACGAUGUUAUGAGAGUUACGGCGAGGAUACCAAACUUGUUGAAAGUAUGACUGAGAUUAUAUUAGGAUUGCAAGGCGAAAUUCCCGAGGGAUCACGGCUGGGUGUUCCAUAUGUUGCUGGAAAGGACAAGGUAGCUGCUUGUGCAAAGCACUUCGUUGCGGAUGGUGGGACAACUCACGGAAUAGAUGAAAACAACACUGUGGUCAAUGAACACGAUUUGCUAAGCAUCCACAUGCCCCCUUACUAUGACUCUAUAAUCAAGGGUGUAUCAACGGUCAUGGUGUCGUAUUCCAGCUUGAAUGGUCUAAGAAUGCACGCGAACGGUGAUCUUAUAACCGGAUACCUUAAGGGCAAACUUGAUUUCAAAGGGUUUGUUAUCUCAGAUUGGGAAGGAAUCGACCGAAUUACGUCCCCUCCUCAUUCGAAUUACACUUACUCGGUCCUUGCUAGUAUUUCAGCUGGCAUUGACUUGGUUAUGGCCCCGAAUAAUUACGUCGAGUUCAUUAACGAGCUUACAUCAUUGGUCAAGAACAAGUUUAUCUCAAUGGACCGUAUUGAUGAUGCAGUGACCAGAAUCUUACGCGUCAAAUUUACCAUGGGCCUGUUUGAGAACCCUCUUGCCGAUUACAGUAUGGUUAACGAGGUUGGAAGCCAGGCACACAGAGAAAUAGCAAGGGAGGCAGUGAGGAAAUCGUUAGUGCUGCUGAAAAACGGGAAAACAGCAGAUGACCCGAUGCUGCCUCUACCGAAGAUGUCAUCGAAAGUUUUGGUUGCAGGAAGUCAUGCAGAUAAUCUGGGAUAUCAGUGUGGUGGGUGGACAAUUGGUUGGCAGGGGUUUAGCGGAAAUGAAAACACGACAGGAACAACUAUUCUUAACGGAAUCAAAUCUGCGGUUGACCCAAUAACCGAAAUAACCUACAUGGAGAAUCCAAACACCGAAUUCAUCAAGUCCAACAACUUCUCUUACGCUAUAGUUGUGGUUGGCGAGCAUCCUUACACAGAGAUGUUUGGUGAUAGUUCAAACCUCACGAUUGCAGACCCCGGUCCAAGUAUCAUCACAAAUGUUUGCGGGAAUGUGAAGUGUGUUGUGGUCAUCAUAUCGGGUCGCCCGGUUGUGAUUGAACCAUAUAUGUCUGUUAUCGAUGCUUUGGUUGCAGCCUGGUUGCCCGGCACUGAAGGACAAGGUGUGGCUGAUGUGCUUUUCGGAGACCAUGGGUUUACGGGUAAACUUUCGAAAACUUGGUUUAAAAAUGUAGAUCAACUCCCGAUGAACAUAGGCGAUCCACAUUACGAUCCGCUCUUUCCUUUUGGAUUUGGACUCACAACAAAAUCAAUGACUGAAAGGUCAAUAUCCGGUGGCAUAGCUACAAGACCGUUUGUCCUUGCGAUUUUGGUAUCCGUGUUCAUCAGUUUGAGUUUAUCGCGCAGGCACAUUGCCUAAUUUUGCGGGAAACUUAGCGUCGUCGGUGGAUCAUUUUGUAGAGUUUAGGGGAAUUCUGUGAGGUGUGGGUUUAGAAUUAAGGUUAGAUGAAGGUGUUGUUAGUUAUGAUCCAAUAAUUUAACAGUUGAGACUAUUGGAUUCAAUGUUGUUAUUAUUAUUUUUAUUACAAUGUUGAAGGUGUUUUUAUCAUGGUU